CUCUUCCUUCUUAUCGUUUUUACUCCUCGUUGAAAAGGACAGUUGAGUGGUGAUGCUUGGUUGUGUUGGAGAUUUUGUGGCGCCAAUUACACUACUUUCGGAUUUAACGCGUUUUACUUGAUUAUUUUUAAGAAUGCCGGCGUUCUUGAAGCAUAUCGAAGUCGAGAAUUUCAAAUCUUACAAAGGGAAGCUUAUUAUCGGUCCGUUGAAGUCCUUUACGGCAGUAGUUGGCCCCAAUGGAUCCGGAAAGUCAAAUUUCAUGGACGCUAUCAGUUUCGUCAUGGGCGAGAAGACUAGCAGUCUACGAGUCAAGAGAUUCAGCGAGCUCAUUCAUGGCGCGUCCAUUGGGAUGCCAGUAGCACGAAGUGCUUCAGUAACAGCUGUAUUCGAGUUGGAAGAUGGAACUGAAAAGAGCUUCAUGCGAUCAGUACAAGGCUCUUCUUCUGAACACAGAAUUAAUAAUAAUCUUGUCACCAGCCAAGUGUAUCUUAAUGAGUUGGAGCAACUCGGUAUUAAUGUCAAAGCAAAGAACUUUUUGGUAUUCCAAGGUGCAGUUGAAUCUAUAGCCAUGAAAAAUCCAAAGGAACGCACUGCUCUGUUUGAAGAGAUCAGUAAUUCUGGUUCAUUAAAAACAGAAUACGAAAGAUUAAAAACAGAAAUGCUGAAAGCUGAAGAGGAAACUCAGUUUUCGUAUCAAAAAAAGAAAGGGAUUGCUGCCGAAAGAAAAGAGGCAAAGUUAGAAAAAGAAGAAGCUGAAAAAUAUCAACGUCUCAAGGAAGAAUAUGUGGAAAAGCAAGUAGAACUACACCUAUUUCGAUUAUUUCACAAUGAGAAGAAUACUGAAAAUUUAGAGGUUUCUCAAAAUAAGAAACAACAUGAAAUUGAAAAAGUCGAGAAGAAGAAGGAAAAGGCUGAGGAAUUGUUAAAAGAGAAGAAAAAAGAUGCCGCUAAACUGGGCAGAGAUCUUGCUAAGAUAGAGCAAGAUAUUAGAGAAGUGGAAGUGGAAAUCACGAAGAAAAGACCGACGUUUAUCAAAGCCAAAGAACGCGUCGCACAUAUGCAGAAGAAAGUGGAAUCCGCACGCAAAUCUUUAGCUCAGGCCCGUAUCGCGGAUGAAGCUCAUAAAAAAGACAUACACGAACUGCAAGAAGAAUUGCGACAGGUGGAAGAAGCUAAAGCUGCUUACGAAGCGAGUAUAGCAGGACAAUCGCAAUUACAAGGAAGAGACGUGCAAUUGGAAGAUGAACAGGUACAGGAAUAUAAUCGUCUAAAAGAGGAAGCUGGCAAGCAAUCUGCGAGGUAUCUUCAGUUACUCGAUUCUAUCAAUCGCGAACAGAAGUCAGAUCAAGAUAGGCUCGACAAUGAAGGCAGGAAAAAGACCGAGAUAGAGAACAAGCAUAAGCAAAAGGGUCAUAUGCGAGAUGAGGCGCUUAAACGAGUGGAAAAGUUGGAGGAGCACAUAAAAACGUCGGAGGCUGCAUUGGAGGAUCAGAAGAAGCUCAGAGCUGAUUUGCAGUCGGACGUAGGCACGUCGAAGGAUAAGAUUCAAAAUUUGCAACGAGAAUUAGAGAGCAUCUCGGAACAACUCGGCGAUGCUAAAGUUGAUAAGCACGAAGUAUCUAGAAACAAGAAAAAGACAGAGAUUGUGGAGAAUUUUAAACGUCUGUUUCCUGGAGUGUACGAUCGUAUGUACAACAUGUGCGAACCGAUACACAAGCGAUAUAAUGUUGCAAUUACCAAAGUACUUGGUAAAUACAUGGAGGCUAUUGUAGUGGAUACUGAGAAAACUGCCAGACAAUGUAUCCAAUAUUUGAAGGAACAGUAUCUCGAACCGGAAACAUUUCUUCCGCUUGAUUACAUACAAGCUAAGCCACUUAAAGAACGUCUUCGCAAUAUACAAGAACCUAAAAACGUGAAAUUGUUGUACGAUGUGUUGCAUUUUUCUCCAAAAGACAUUGAUAGAGCAGUCCUCUUUGCAACUAAUAAUGCUCUUGUAUGUGAAACACCGGAAGAUGCAAAUAAAGUAGCGUACGAGAUGGACAAGAAAACUAGAUAUGAUUGCGUCGCAUUAGACGGUACAUUUUAUCAGAAAGCUGGUAUAAUAUCUGGCGGCAGUUUGGAUCUUGCAAAGAAAGCGAAGAGAUGGGAUGAAAAACAGAUGUCUCAAUUAAAGGCGCAAAAAGAAAAAUUAACGGAAGACCUGAGAGAAUCUUUGAAAAAAUCACGCAAGGAAUCCGAAUUAAACACGAUUGAAUCUCAAAUACGUGGUUUAGAGACUCGUUUAAAAUAUAACAAAAGCGACUUGGCUGCAACACAAAAACAAAUAGCGGAGCUUGAAGCGGAGUUAGAGGGUCUGCAAAACGAGUUAAACAUGUUUGGUCCUGCAAUAACUGCCAUCGAGAAGACUAUGGCUGAAAGGGAUCAAGAAAUACAAAAUAUUAAAGAAAAGAUGAACAAUGUUGAGGAUGAUGUGUUUGCCAGUUUUUGUGAACAGAUAGGAGUUUCCAAUAUCCGUCAGUAUGAAGAAAGAGAAUUAAGAUCGCAGCAAGAAAGAGCAAAGAAAAGAAUGGAAUUUGACAACCAAUGCAAUCGUAUUUAUAAUCAACUAGAUUUUGAGAAGCAACGCGAUACAGAAAGUAAUGUUUUGCGAUGGGAACGAGCGGUGCAAGAUGCAGAGGAUAAACUGGAAUCCGCAAAACAAACCGAAUCUAAUCAAAAAGCGGAGAUUGACCAUGACGAGCAGCAAAUGGAGCAAUUGAAAUCGUCUCGCAAUGCUAAAAAGAUGGAGGUUGAUCAGAAGGAAGACGAAAUUGGAAAAGCUAGGCGUGAAGUAGGCGCGAUCGCAAAGGACAUUCAGGCAGCUCAGAAGCAGCUUAACGCAAUUGAAACAAAGAUCGAGCAGAAGAAGGCCGAACGACAUGCUGUCUUGAUGCAAUGCAAGAUGGAAGAUAUUGCAAUACCUAUGUUGCACGGAAAUAUGGAAGAUAUAGCAGGUGAGACAAGCACGACGAAUGGAAAUGAAACCAAUAAUGAUUCAUCAGUGAAUACGCAACAACAGUACGAACGCGAAAGAAGGAUUACCAUAGACUAUGCGCUUUUGCCCGAAAAUCUGAAGGAUGUGGAAGAAGAGGAUAUCAAAAAGACAACUGACAAGUUAACGAAAAUAAUUAACGAUUUGCAGAAUACAAUACAGCGCAUACAAGCUCCGAAUAUGAAGGCAAUUCAAAAAUUAUAUUUAGCGAAAGAGAAGCUACAAGAGACCAAUGAAGAGUUCGAGCAGUCUCGUAAGAAAGCGAAAAAAGCGAAGACACAAUUCGAGAAGGUGAAAAAAGAACGACACGAUAGAUUCAUGACGUGUUUCGAACACGUGGCGAAUGAGAUUGAUCCUAUUUAUAAGAGUCUAGCGAAGAAUCAAUCCGCUCAGGCAUUCCUUGGACCAGAAAACCCUGAAGAACCCUAUUUGGACGGCAUUAAUUAUAAUUGCGUGGCUCCUGGCAAACGGUUUCAGCCAAUGUCCAAUUUAUCUGGUGGAGAAAAAACCGUCGCUGCACUAGCUCUGUUAUUCGCAAUUCACAGUUUCCAGCCUGCGCCAUUUUUCGUUCUGGAUGAGAUCGACGCGGCCCUCGAUAAUACUAACAUAGGGAAGGUGGCCAGCUACAUCCGCGACAAAACGAGUUCGCUGCAGACAAUUGUCAUAUCAUUGAAAGAGGAAUUUUACUCGCACGCGGAUGCGCUUAUCGGAAUUUGCCCGGAUGUAGGCGAGUGUUUGGAGAGCAAAGUAUUAACGCUCGACUUGACUACAUCCCCUACACAUGUUUCAUAGAUUAUAUAAAAGCCUAUUAUUUAAAAGAUAAUUUUCUUUUUCUUAUAAUAUAUAUUCGCUAUGGACAAUUUUUUA